UGAACGCGCGGCAGCGAACGCGCGGAUAGGUAAACGCGCGCGCGUGAUGCCACGUGCCGCCACUGGGAUCAGCUGAUCGUGGUUCCGGGUGCAGCUCAGCGCGUUGCAGCCUCGGAAAGGGGAGACCUCUCCCCAACCACCUUCCCUAGCUCCCUCCUGCGCGCGCGUGUGUGUGUUUUUUCCUGUCUACCUCUUAACGCCUUACAUAUCUCGGACAGUCCUCCACGAGACAUGGCGACGGAGCCUCCUAAAAUCCUGGAAAUAGACGUCAAUGCAAACGAAAGAUUCUCGCGCAUCAAGGCGGCCUUUCUCUGCAAGUUUGGCCGGGCUCCCGAGUUUUAUGCCCGAGCGCCAGGUCGCGUCAACCUCAUCGGGGAGCACAUAGAUUACUGUGGCUAUGCCGUGCUGCCCAUGGCCAUUGAGCAAGACAUCGUGACAGCGGUGGCUGAAAAUACCUCUGGAAUUGUCAACCUGGCCAACACAAACUCCGUCUACCCCGAUUACAAUGUUGCUGUGGAUAAAGUUGUGAUAGACAAAAGCCAGCCACAUUGGUACUACUAUUUCCUCUGUGGAUUUCUGGGAUUGAAGGAGCACCUGGGUGAGGUGACGUGCCAUGGCAUGGACUGCCUCGUGGAUGGGACCAUCCCUCCCAGCUCGGGCCUUUCCAGCUCCAGUGCCAUGGUCUGCUGUGCCGGCCUCGCCACGAUGCACGCCAACCACAAGAGCAUGUCCAAGGUCACGCUGGCCGAGGUGUGCGCGCGCUGCGAGAGGUACAUUGGGACGGAGGGUGGAGGCAUGGAUCAGUCGAUCUCAUUCUUGGCUGAAGCGGGAAAGGCGAAACUCAUCGAGUUCAACCCCCUGCGCGCGAGCGACGUGCGCCUGCCGGGAGGUGCGGCGUUCGUCAUCACCAACAGCCUCGCGCAGAUGAACAAGGCGGCCUCCUCCCACUUCAACAUGCGGGUAGUGGAGUGUCGACUUGCCACGAAGGUGAUGGCCAAGACCAAGGGGCUGGCGUGGCGGAACAUCACCAAGCUGGGAGAGCUCCACGAAAAGCUGGGGCUGGAGCUGCCCGAGAUGGUGCGUUUGGUGGAGGAGACUCUCCACUGCGAGCCGUACAAUCGUGACGAGGUUUGCUCCCUGCUGGGCAUCGCCUCCGAAGAGCUGGAGGCGUCCGUGCUGAGCGAAAACACUCGCGACGCUAACAGCUUCAAGCUGUAUCAGCGAGCCAAGCACGUGUUCGGCGAGGCCGCGCGGGUGCAGCAGUUCAGACGGGUCUGCCAAGAGGCGCAGAGUGGGAGCGACGCGGAGGUGAUGAGCAGACUGGGCGAGCUAAUGAAUGACAGUCACGCCAGCUGCCGGGACCUGUACGAGUGCAGCUGCCCCGAGCUCGACAAGCUUGUAGAGUGCUGCCUCAAGAGUGGUGCCGUGGGCUCGCGCUUGACGGGCGCUGGCUGGGGAGGGUGCGCCGUGUCCCUGGUGCCUGUCGGGGAAAUAGAAGCCUUCCAGUUGUUGUUGAAGGAGAGGUUUUACGUGGAGGCCCCACACUCUCGGCUCUUGGCAUACAACAGCAUGUUUGCGACCCAACCUGUCAUGGGAGCCGCCCUCUACAAAGAGGCUUUGUGAAUAGGGGUCCCCCCCCCACUUGUGGAACAGAGCUGCUGUGGCCUGUUACACGCGGGGGCCGCGUGUGCACGUCCACGUUUUACUGGAAGUUUCCAUUCCCAUGAAGGUGUGUUGUGAUUGAGGAAGAAAAACAAAAUCUUCAUAUCUGAGCAAUUUCAAUUCAUCGGUUUUUUUCUGGAUCCAUUUUUCCGGAUAUAUUUUUUUUCCACAAUGUCCACUGGGAAAUAAUAGCACAAGGUGUUUAAGGUAAAUAGGUUCAAUAUAAGGCACACAUGAGGCAAAAUAUUGGUGGAACUGGCCAUCGGUUCAGCUUGUUUAAGUAAAAACAAUCUACGCACA